CGUGCGCAUCGCAAACGGCGUAGCGGAAAUUUCAAAACACAACAUAUAUAUUGCAGAUAUUGAUUGUUUUUGUGAAGCUUAUAGGAUUUCACAUAAGGCAGCUACUAUGCCAGCUGGAAGAGACUUGCACUCUCCAGCGCCAAACGCUGUUGUAAUGCGACCCCACACACCUCAAGAAUACAUUUCUCCAUCGACCAGGCGUCAUGUUUCGCACACCAGCCAUUCACCUCUGCCAACUGGUGUACAGAUGAAUGAUGAUGAAGCAGAGAAGAAAGCCAGGCGGAGGUCCAGGGUGAUGGAAUUACAGAGGCAUAAUCUCAGUAGUCCAUCCUCUCCAGCAGACAGGAGAAGGUCUGCCCCUUUAAGUGGUUUGUCCAACAAUCAGCUAGCAGAACAUUAUUCAAGCUGCAUCAAGCUGUCAGCUGAGAAUAAAAUCAAUUCUAAGAAUGCAUUUGGCCUUCACCUGAUUGAUUACAUGGCAGACCUGUUGAAGAAAAAAGAAUUGAAUAACUUUCAGGUUGCUAGUUCCACUCUGGAUGCCAGUGCCAAGAUCUAUGCUGGCAGAGUAGAUGCAAUUCACACAGACACUUACAAGAUGCUGGGUGGCCUAGGAAGAGGGCAAGCUGAAGGGGACAAGGAAAAAAAUGGGGAUGUGCCUGUAGAUGCUGAUCAAGAAGAAGACUUGAAUAAAAAAAGAAAGAGGGCCAGGAAGAGCAACACAGUGGAGCAAAAUCUUAAGAAUAUAAAUGUCAGCAAAUUUGAUUUGGAAUUUGAGGUUGACCCCCUGUUCCAAAAGACUUCUGCAGCAUUUGAUGAAGGAGGCACCAGUGGGCUGUUGUUGAACCACCUGAGGUGUAUGGAUGACUCCUCAGAAUUGGUUUUGGACUCUAAUACUGUGCUUAUGGGCACGAGAGACACAACACAAAACAACAGGAGGACUCAGGCAGUUGAUCUUCAGGAAUUCAAAGAUUUGUACCAGGGUGUUAAUCUCCAGUCUCUUCAGAUUUGUCCACUGUUUGCAGACUUUGAAUUCACUAACUGGAACAAAGAUUCUGAGGACAGUUCAAGCAGCAUGUUCCAUCAGCUUGGAAGGGGAGACCAUGCAUUUGACAUAGAUGCUGAACACGAGCCAAUACCUGGCACAGGGGCUGGUGAAACUGCAGGAGAUUUCAUGGACGAUGAUUUUGGAGAUGAAUAUAAUGAUGCAGGAAAUGAUUCAUAUGGCAGCAGUACAAGAGGAGAGCCAUCAGUUUGUAUAGGAGAUGGAACAGAAGCCAAGCUGGUGCAAAGUGCCAUUAGUAAUAUCACACAUGGAACAAUAGGUACUUUGCUGCAGGUGCUAGCAGCAGAGCCAGGGGAGUAUUCCUAUUUCAACACAGAUUUAUUACAGACUUGGGCUGGACCAGAUCAUUGGAAACUUAGACCUCAGUCUAAAGAAUCAAAGUACAGUGUCAGCAGAGGAGACACAACACGAAAGAACAAAGAGAAGAAACAAGCUUUCAGACUUGACUAUGACCAGGAGGUUGACUUUGAUUCAUAUUUCAAGGAGUCCAGGGCUGCAACAACACUUACAAAGGCAACCUUAGAGAAGUACAGUAAAAGUCAAACUACAUUGCCUGAAGACUUACAUUAUGAAGCUGAAACAUUGUUCAGGUUAUUCAUGAAGGAAAGAGUUAUGGUGAAAAGACAGUUGAACACAUCAGGGGAUGUGGAUGAUGGUAUUGAAAAUUAUGAUUAUGAUAAUGCAAAUGACAGAGAAAAUUAUUGCCCAGGAAUUGAUGGGGCAAAUGACAACGAUGAUGAUGAUGAUGACCUUGGUGGCGGUUUUAACUUGAGUUCUGGUCCCAGUGAGUACAGUCACAUUUCCCAAGACACAUCACAAGGUAGCUUCCUGGCCAAUGACAGUGUAAUGAAUGGUACUAUACUGGCAGGAGACAAUUUGGUAGCUCAGCCUAAUAGGGUGGCAAAGAUUGACAUUUCCUAUGCUAAAACAGCCAAGAAAAUAGAUGUGAAAAAGUUAAAGGCUGGCAUUUGGAACCUGUUGACUAGCACGGGUGAAGAUAAUAAGGUUGACCCCCUGUUCCAAAAGACUUCUGCAGCAUUUGAUGAAGGAGGCACCAGUGGGCUGUUGUUGAACCACCUGAGGUGUAUGGAUGACUCCUCAGAAUUGGUUUUGGACUCUAAUACUGUGCUUAUGGGCACGAGAGACACAACACAAAACAACAGGAGGACUCAGGCAGUUGAUCUUCAGGAAUUCAAAGAUUUGUACCAGGGUGUUAAUCUCCAGUCUCUUCAGAUUUGUCCACUGUUUGCAGACUUUGAAUUCACUAACUGGAACAAAGAUUCUGAGGACAGUUCAAGCAGCAUGUUCUAUCAGCUUGGAAGGGGAGACCAUGCAUUUGACAUAGAUGCUGAACACGAGCCAAUACCUGGCACAGGGGCUGGUGAAACUGCAGGAGAUUUAAUGGACGAUGAUUUUGGAGAUGAAUAUAAUGAUGCAGGAAAUGAUUCAUAUGGCAGCAGUACAAGAGGAGAGCCAUCAGUUUGUAUAGGAGAUGGAACAGAAGCCAAGCUGGUGCAUAGUGCCAUUAGUAAUAUCACACAUGGAACAAUAGGUACUUUGCUGCAGGUGCUAGCAGCAGAACCAGGGGAGUAUUCAUAUUUCAACACAGAUUUAUUACAGACUUGGGCUGGACCAGAUCAUUGGAAACUUAGACCUCAGUCUAAAGAAUCAAAGUACAGUGUCAGCAGAGGAGACACAACACGAAAGAACAAAGAGAAGAAACAAGCUUUCAGACUUGACUAUGACCAGGAGGUUGACUUUGAUUCAUAUUUCAAGGAGUCCAGGGCUGCAACAACACUUACAAAGGCAACCUUAGAGAAGUACAGUAAAAGUCAAACUACAUUGCCUGAAGACUUACAUUAUGAAGCUGAAACAUUGUUCAGGUUAUUCAUGAAGGAAAGAGUUAUGGUGAAAAGACAGUUGAACACAUCAGGGGAUGUGGAUGAUGGUAUUGAAAAUUAUGACUAUGAUAAUGCGAAUGACAGAGAAAAUUAUUGCCCAGGAAUUGAUGGGUCAAAUGACAACGAUGAUGAUGAUGAUGACCUUGGUGGUGGUUUUAACUUGAGUUCUGGUCCCAGUGAGUACAGUCACAUUUCCCAAGACACAUCACAAGGUAGCUUCCUGGCCAAUGACAGUGUAAUGAAUGGUACUAUACUGGCAGGAGACAAUUUGGUAGCUCAGCCUAAUAGGGUGGCAAAGAUUGACAUUUCCUAUGCUAAAACAGCCAAGAAAAUAGAUGUGAAAAAGUUAAAGGCUGGCAUUUGGAACCUGUUGACUAGCACGGGUGAAGAUAAUAAGGAGAACCAAGGAGAAGGAGACCAGUUGAAAAAACAAGUUUGUGGUGAACAUUCAUUCCAGUCCCUCCUCCAUGAGCUUCCAAAAAAAGUGUCUCGACAUAUGGCUAAGAAUCUCAGUGUACCCAUUGCAUUUGUGUGUUUAUUGCAUUUAGCAAAUGAAAAGACACUAAAGAUCUCUGACAACCAGUCCAUGGUAGACCUGAGGAUAGAGCAAUGCAUGUUUCCAAGCACAUGAAGUAAGACUACAUUAUGUAAG